GUUCGAUCGUUAUUUAUGUGUUACAUCUAUGCUUACAAUUUCACGUGUGCUUUCAAGAUUUCCCUCGUAUGCAACUUUGUACGGUCACAACGAACGUACAUGCAAUGUAUACGGUAUUUAUGGUUUACGUUCCACAUCGAUAUCGGUUAUAUGCGAUACUACUGGAGCUGGUGAUUCUUAUGCAACUUUUCAUGUCGGAUACAUUUUUACACUGUGGCCCAUUCCCAUUGCACAGCGAGUACUGGCGAUCGAUCAGUCGUCAACGAAAUCGAUCUGAUCCUCGUGUGCAUUCAAGUGUGUAUACAAGCAAUUCCAUCAGUCCUCGCAUACGCGGCUUAAUUCCAAACGGAAUUGCUCCUCGUAGUUGCAUAACUGGGUUAAGUACAACGUGAAAUGGUUAUACCCGAAUCUUGAAAUUGCAAUUUGUGAAACCGCAUUUUCCCUGAUAACCUCUUAAGGAAGAUCAAAACUGCUCCAAAUGCAUACUCCAUGAUCUCCUUUGGUAUUAUUUGCAGACGCAAUUAGCUUUCAGCUGAUUAUUGUCCGUGGACGCAAUAUCGUCACUGGCAUUUUCAAAGGGCUGUCAGAUACUGUUAUACAGCAUGAACUGAAUAUAGAUAUAUCAACAGAAGAGGAAUGUAACGAAGGAUAGGAGAUCGAAAGCGAGAGGGCUUUUAAUUCCGUAUCGAGAACCGCCAGGCAAUAUCCUUUGUGCAAAGGCCGUAAAGUGUAGCCCUAUUGACCGAGCACACAGACUUCUCUUUCCCUAGAUUUCUAUUAAAGCGCUGGAUCGUUAUUAACAGGCUCUAUUAGAGCGGAUGCCACAGGUCGCCGUGGGCGACACACUGCUGACCCGAUGGAAUUUUGCACCUGAUGGAUUUUAACCCGGAUAGUUCAACAGGUGCUUUUACAUUAUUGAUGCACUGGCUUUAAGCUCAUUGAUUUAAUGCGAAUUAACACUCAUGCAUUUGUAUGUACAUAUAUACCUAAUAUUCAGACGAUGGUAAAUACGAAGACAAGACAGUAUACACCAUACUUAUUGAUAAUACAUAGUAUCCACAGUGUAAUUACCAACGAAAUGAACCUGCUGACGGAUUUUCAAUACGUCUCUGCUAAUGAUAACUGGUUUCUGUCGUCAAUCCUGAUGGAACGACCGGACGGAGAGAAUGUAAAGGAACGCAAUGGAAUGCCAGAAAAUCCACGUUACACGAAAAUUUUGCCCGAGGCUCCGACCAAACUCGACAUAUAAGCAUUUACUUACCUCACGCGUUACCCAGGUUUCUCCACCCUGGUUACCAAGAGAGUAUAAUACCUACCUACCAAGCAAGCUACCAACCUAACUCAAUGGUUGUCUGCCUACUCAAUGCGGUACUCCUGAUUCAUUAUGCCAGUCCUGGUUGUAACGAUAAUGUUAAUGUCAAUGACAAUGCGGUAAUAACGAUGUAGAUAGCAAUCACUCUUCAGCGAUUUCAUCACAUGUAAAUUCGUCAAAGUCCAAUCGUGUGAUGUAUAUUGAUACCUUUGCUCAGGAUACAUACUUGUGUAUGAUCACGUACGAAUCCUCUUACAGAGUUGUCUGUUAUUGUUGGCCAUUAAUCACUUUAUUGUCCAGAUAUUACUACUAUGCAGAUAACAAUAAAACGACAGCGGCAUAUUGUCUGUGUAACGAGCGCGGAGCUCGUAGAGGAGAAAAAAAGGAAGCAUGGAGAACGAGUGAGAUCCUGUUUUAAUCUAUGAUUCAUUACCGUGGCCAGGAUAGCAAUCAUUAUCAGUCACUGGACCACCUAGUACAAGCUAAAGUUACAGCUUAGGUCUCUCACUUUCUGGAUGAUCAUAAGUGAGAUAAUCAGAUUGACAACUCUUGGUACGGCUGACACUUCAAAGCAGAGAUCUUGAACGUUCUGGGGAUUUACAUACAUCAAGAGAAACUUGGAUGCUUAGUCAUCCUACGUAAUAUUCUGGGGAGUCGUCAACUAAAUGUAUCAUGGAUCUUUAUUUAACAACUGUGAAAUAUUUAGGUAUCUUAUUAUUGUGGAACGUGCUAAAAAGUGAUGGCUAGCUGGAUUUAUUAGUCCCUGAGAGUCGUCGGCAGUUACUAGUAAAAUAUGGCAGUGUCAAAGAACUGUGGAGUAGAAUGAAACGCUUUAAACCAGACGGUGAUUAUUUACUGAAAUUCAAACGUCAUUCAAUAUCAGUGGUGAAGUGUUAAUCAAUACGAAUGACAGAUUGUUGACGAGGAUACAACGUAAACUGGAUAUUCGAAUUCACAUAUGUGGAAACACCAGUUGUACAAUUUAGUGAAAAGUUACCAGAUUGGUUUUUGACCAUCAAACUAUAGGACAAGCCGGUCCAAUUGGAACGUCAAGAGAGCCUUAAAAGUUACAUGGGACAACACGAAAUCGGAUCUUGUAAAUUGCGACGAUUCAUCUUAAUGAACUCUAAUUAACAGAAAUUAAUGUCAGUAGCAAACAUAACGUACUCUUGUACUGUAACUGCUGGUGAAUUUAUACGACAGACAUUAUCCUAUCACGUAAUAUCACCUUAUUACUGUAUUACCGUGUCGAUGUUAGGCAAUGGAAUAGAUCCUUAUCCGAUCACUUGCGGAUCCGUGGGAAAAUACUCAUCCCUUACUGACCCUAUACAAAGCGACGUACCAGUGGGGAAAAAUAUGGGAAUAGUAAGAAGGAUUUGUCGGUUUCAUCGAGGAAAGUGCUUUCGUCAUAAGUAUAGGAUCUCACGCGGAUAAAACAAAAAAUAGAAGAAUGGAAAUGAAGUCGCCUACGAAGAUUUAUUUUAUUGGAGCAGGAAAGACUUUUUUUAUUUUGGACAACUAUCGUACAAACUCGUUUGUCUUUUUUAAGACUGACUUUAAGUAUCAAUGAUUCUUGAUACGCUUUGAUGAUAGUAACGCCAGUGCCACGUGGACUCCAUAUAAGAAAGUAAAGUCAAGCUGAGUCGCGUGCAAGUUAACGUUAUUGCCCAAAAAGGAACUUUGACAUUAGCAAUUCCAUGUGAAUUAAUGAUUUGCCAACGAAUCUUAGACUCUUAUCAUUAUAAUUUGAAUAUCUCCAACGAGUGCGAGAGAGAGAGAGAGAGAAGUUGAAAAAGUGUCCCACCAAAAGCUCGGCCAAGGCUGAAACUUAUCAGGAAGCUUUACGGAUCAUAAAUUUCACUGAAGAAUAGAAAACGAAAUGGAAUGAAAUGAGAAUUGGAAACUGGCUUGGAUAAAGUCGUCUAUUUCUGCAUCACUGGCUGCACAGUCAACUUCGAUGAAAAGGAUCCUGGUCGUUUUACGAGAAUAAAAGAAGAAUAAUAAUAUCAAGGAAGUCAUAAUGGAGCAGCCUGAAUUUUCAGUUUGGCACACGGUAAUGCUUCUGGUACAACUGGAGAGGGUCUGUCUCCUACUGGUGGCUAUUCCCAUCUUGAUGCCUGACAGCAUCCUCUUAGCAAUUGCUGAAACCUUCACACUAGGAUACAUUACCGGGUCGAAGAGACGACCUGGAGACUUUGAAUAUCAAAGACCAGGAUAUCGAAUUUCUGGUGCCAUCACGCUCGCCGUUAAGGAGGUCAACGCCGGUGAACUUGCCAGACGUGGGCACAAGCUGGACUUUCUCGUGGCUGAGACCUACGGCGAGGAGGAUACCAGCAUCCUGGUUACAGCUAAUCUCUGGACCAGGAACAUUAGUGCUUAUAUAGGACCCCAGGAGACUUGCGUUCACGAAGGUCGUAUGGCUGCUGCUUUCAACAUUCCCAUGAUCUCUUAUUUUUGUACCCAUCAUGAAACGUCGGACAAGAGAGAGUUCCCUACUUUCGCGAGAACACGGCCUCCGGACACGCAGAUCUCGAAAUCUGUCGUUUCCGUGCUAUUAGCCUUCAACUGGACCAAAGUAACGUUCAUGUAUAUGAAUUCCAGUCAGUUCGAAUUCAACAGGAUGCCUACGGUAGCCAAAACGAUUUUGUCGUCUUUAGAAGCUGCUGGGAUUGACGUAAAUUUUUUACGCUGCUGGGACGAACCGUAUCAUGUUAAUUACAUGAACAAUCCGUUUCACAAGCACGUGCAGGAGACUUACCUGGAGACACGAAUAUACGUGAUCCUGGGAAAUUAUUAUGAGCACAUGGGAUUACUCAUGGCUCUCGACGAGAAGCACCUCCUGGAUCAGGGAGAGUACUGGGUGGUCGGGGUGGACAUUGAACAGUACGACGAAGAUAAACCUCACAAGUAUCUACGUGGUUUGUUGCGAAAGAAUAUGGAUCACUGGGUACUGCGUGCCUUUCGUAGUUACUUCAGUAUAGUCGCAUCUGCACCUAAGAAUUUUCAAAAUUUUACCAGAUUGGUUAAUCAUUACCGGGAGAUGCCACCUUUCAAUUUUACCAAUCCACUUGCCGAUGCUGGAGGUAUUGUUCAGAUCGUGCCAGAGACUGCUUAUCUACAUGACGCGGUACAUCUCUAUGUGAGGACUCUGCUUCAAGCACUGGAUGAAAGACGUGAUCCAAGAAAUGGACGUGAAAUGGUUGCGGCACUUCGUGGUGUUCACUAUUACAGCGCCAUGGGUUACAUGGUGUACAUGGACGAAAACGGAGAUGCUGAAGGAAAUUAUACCGUUAUUGCUCUGGACAAUCAUCCCCCAAAAGGCCAUGGACUUUAUCCCAUAGGCUACUUCGUGGGCAAGGAACGAAGCACGAGUCUGCCUAAGCUUCAAUUGACUAAAAAUAUUUCCUGGAUUGGAAGUGGUCCUCCCAUUGCUGAACCUCACUGUGGUUACCAUGGCGAAAAGUGCCGUACGCACACGGGAGAAAUCGUCGGUGGAAUUACUGGAGGACUGUUAUUGGUCCUUACGGCCGUGGUCCUGGUGCUCUACAGGAACUGGAAAUACGAACAGGAACUUGACUCACUUUUAUGGAAAGUCAAUUACAAGGAUAUCCAAAUAAAGGAGCAAAAGGAUCAACCUAGUCAAGAGAACGUCUCGAAAAAUAAUGCCAAGACGAAUUCCCAGCCUGUCGUUAGAACGAGUCAAGUAUCUCUGAGCUCAAAUCCGGAUGCUGACUUCAGAUACUCAAUGAUUUAUACUCAAGUGGGUGUUUACAAGGGUAGAAUAUUUGCCGUGAAGAAGAUCCGAAAGAAAUCUAUAGAGAUCACCCGUGAGAUGAAGAAGGAAUUAAAAAUAUUAAGGGAUUUACGUCAUGACAAUCUGAAUGCUUUUAUCGGUGCUUGUACGGAUCCUCCUAAUAUAUGCAUCGUCGUAGAGUACUGUGCACGAGGAAGUCUCAAGGACAUUCUUGAGAACGAGGAUAUCAAACUGGACAAUAUGUUUAUGGCUUCUCUGGUUGGCGAUAUCAUAAGAGGCAUGAUUUACCUUCACGAAUCCGUCAUCAAGUAUCAUGGCUCCCUGAGUACAUCAAACUGCCUGGUAGAUUCACGAUGGGUCGUGAAACUCACGGAUUUUGGUCUGCGCGAGUUUAAAAGAGACGCCGAAUGCGAUCCUGAGGAUAUAAUGAAGAAAUAUCAAGGAUUGUUAUACCGUGCACCAGAAUUACUUCGUUCUCAACGUACCAUCGAACCGUCGCCGAGAGAUUAUCAGAAAGGCGACGUGUACUCUUUCGCCAUUGUACUUUACGAGCUGCAAGGACGUCAUGGACCGUUCGGUGUUACCCAAUUGUCCGCUCCUGAAAUUCUCCAGAGAGUGAUCACACGGGAGAUCAUCACCGCUGAACCUCCGUACAGACCACCGUUAGAUCAGCUGGAGAACUGUUUUGAUUUUGUACGUGAUUGCCUUAUCGAAUGCUGGUCUGAGGAUCCUGAGGAUAGGCCGGACUUCAAAGUCAUUAGAAAUAAAUUGAGACCAUUGAGGAAGGGAAUGAAACCAAAUAUAUUUGAUAAUAUGAUGGCUAUGAUGGAGAAGUAUGCUAAUAACUUGGAAGCUCUUGUGGAUGAGAGAACUGAUCAGUUAACCGAAGAGAAGAAGAAGACGGAUGCAUUGCUGUACGAGAUGCUACCGCGUUACGUUGCUGAACAAUUAAAAAGGGGUCAUAAGGUGGAAGCGGAAAGUUUUGAUUGCGUUACUAUCUACUUCAGUGAUAUCGUUGGGUUCACGUCCAUGUCCGCAGAAAGUACGCCGCUGCAGGUUGUCGAUUUCUUAAACGAUUUGUAUACGUGUUUCGAUUCUACUGUUGAGAACAAUGACGUGUACAAAGUGGAGACUAUUGGCGAUGCUUAUAUGGUUGUCAGUGGCUUACCUGUUCGAAAUGGUAUUCAACAUGCUGCAGAAAUAGCCAGUAUGUCUUUGUGCCUUUUGAAUGCUAUCAAACAGUUUACUAUUAGACACAGACCUUUGGAGAAGCUUCAAUUAAGAAUUGGCAUUCAUUCCGGUCCUGUAUGUGCUGGAGUCGUAGGAUUAAAGAUGCCACGUUAUUGUCUAUUCGGUGACACAGUAAACACAGCUAGUCGUAUGGAAUCCACAGGUCUGCCCUUGAAGAUCCACUGCAGUGCAGAGACCAAGAAGCUCUUGGAUGAAUUGGGUGGUUUCACCUUGAUCGAACGUGGUAUAGUCUCAAUGAAAGGAAAAGGAGAUCGUACUACGUAUUGGCUAAUUGGCGAAGAUCCAGUUCUUCGAGAGAAACGUACACAGGAUCGCAUAGCACGACGUACAGAUCCUCAAAAAAAAUUAUCAGCGGCUGAUCCUCUAGUACCCAGGAGUUCACUGAAGAAUAAGUCUCUAACCAGGACGACGUUUUUACGCUGUUCCAGCGAGUCUCCAAAGCGUCUGCGAUUCGCCAGUUCUGAUCACUUGGACCAAAAGAGUAGUCAAAGUGGAAGUCCGUUGGAAUCCAUAGCAGACAAUAGUCCUUGUAAAGGAAAACUGACAUCCUCCGGUAAAAUAAAUUCUAUUGAUGCUACCAGGACGUCUAGCAAUUCCUGUCCUUGCGUAGAGAAGCUCUGUGAUCUUGUACCAGGAUCAAAAUCGUCACACCUUCAAAUAGAUGUUCCCGAUGACGAUGAAAAUCACCUAGCAGCAACUGCACCGAUUCUCCAGGAAUCUAUGAAGAUGAGGAACUUGAAAUGGCGGCAGUUUAAUGGCCAAGUCAUCUGUAGAUCAGCACCUAGCAGUCCUAGACAUAGUUCACUGAUGCUAAACGCUACUCGACGCAGUGCACAGUCCACGGAGGAUAUCGACGGAUGGGACGUCACUCCACUUAUUUAUUCUCCGAAUCAUCCAAUGAAUUAAAUAUAAAUCUAAGAACCUUAGAUCGUCACCUAAUAUUAAGACAAUACAUAAAAAAUUGCUAGAACUUCUUAAUAUCCCAAUUUUAAAGCUGAGAGCAGUAUCUAAUAGUCAAAUUCAAUUAAUAUCCGAGAUUUGAAUUCGAAUUGCGCCAAAUUAAAUAUCAAUUAUAUAACGGUAUUGUCUAACGUGACAACCAGCUUGUGGCCUUCAUUAAUAGUUACGUACACGAGACUUAGGAAAUAUUAUUUUUCUUUUCUUACGAGAGAAAACAAUAGCUUAAGCAAAUGUGUUCGUAUAAGUAAAAUUGGAGGACACUUAGUAUACAGAUGUUGCGCGAAUGCAAUGUACGUAUUUAUAUACGCUCAAGUGGCAGCAAGUAUUUCUUUUAGUUAUGAACGAGAAUACGCUAUUAUGAAUCACGUUCGUUAUAGUUUAGACAAUCAGAAAGGCUCGUGCUUACUGUUUUUUCACUGCGUCUAGUCAAAUCAAUUUAAGCAAUUAAAUCCCGCGUCACGUGGCUCACCGUCAUAUAUAAAAGACAUAGCGUUUAGUAUAGAUUGAAUGUAUUUUUAUUUAUUAUGAUAAAGUUUCUCGUAAACUGAACUUUCCACGAUAACGCUUGCGGGCUGUUAGUACAAGAAAAAGGGCUAUGUAGUUUAUUAAUUAUAGUUAUUAAUAUUAUAUUUAUUUGACCCUGUAAUGUAUAAGCAAUUGUAACUAGUCGAUUGUUUUACCGUUUGCGAAGUGCCCGUCUUAUUGAUGUAAAUAUUAUUAGUACGCAUAACAUAAAUUGUAUAUGCGAUUUUAGAUACAUAAUUAUUUCUUUGCUAUGAUUAAAAUCUUCAGAGGCAUUCAUUAGAAUGUGUAAUAUAUGAA